AGGAUCUAAGUUUAUUUAUCUGCCAAGAGGAUCUAAGUUAGUUUAUCUGCCAAGAGGACCUAAGUGUGUGCAGCAGUGACGGAUGAGCACAAGAAAAUCCGGCACUGAUGGCAGUGAUGGCGAACGAGAGCUGGCCUUCUUACGUUCCACAUUAUCUCCUCCGUGGUGAUCCUUUCGCUUCCAGACUGUCGAAGGAGGCGGACCUUGUUGCAGCGUUGUACAUCUGCAUCAUAGGCAUCAUGUCUGCCACAGGGAACGGCUAUGUUUUAUAUAUGACCUUCAAGCGCAAAACCAAACUGAAGCCUCCGGAGCUCAUGACUGUCAACCUGGCCAUCUUCGACUUUGGCAUAUCAGUGACAGGAAAGCCCUUUUUUAUUGUUUCUAGUUUUUCCCAUCGCUGGUUGUUUGGUUGGGAGGGCUGUCAGUUCUACGGCUGGGCAGGCUUCUUCUUUGGAUGCGGGAGCCUCACCACCAUGACCAUGGUCAGCUUGGACAGGUACCUCAAGAUCUGCCAUCUCAGAUACGGGACGUGGUUGAAGCGGCAUCAUGCCUUCUUGUGCUUGACCUUUGUGUGGAUGUAUGCAGCCUUCUGGGCCACCAUGCCCCUGGUCGGUUGGGGACACUACGCCCCAGAACCAUUCGGGACCUCCUGCACUCUGGACUGGUGGCUGGCACAAGCGUCUGUGUCUGGCCAGACCUUUGUCAUGGCCAUCCUCUUCUUCUGCCUGGUACUACCUACUGGCAUCAUAGUCUUUUCCUACGUGAUGAUCAUAUUUAAAGUCAAGUCUUCUGCAAAAGAGAUCUCCAACUUUGACGCCCGAAUCAAUAACAGCCAAAACCUGGAGAUGAAACUCACCAAGGUGGCAAUGCUGAUCUGUGCAGGCUUCUUGAUAGCCUGGAUCCCGUAUGCGGUCGUGUCCGUGGUGUCGGCGUUUGGGGAGCCGGACUCUGUGCCCAUCCCUGUUUCUGUUAUUCCUACCCUGCUCGCCAAAUCCUCCGCAAUGUACAACCCAAUCAUCUACCAGGUGGUAGACCUGAAGAACUCUUGCUCGUCCUCCUGUUUGAAGGUCCUGGGUAAGCGCAGGCACUUUCGAAAGUCCAGGUUGUACACCAUCUCUGACUCCUUGAAGGAGCGAGCCGCAGCCAAAGAAAAUCACACUGAGAUGUGAGACAAGACUUCACUUGACUUCACUCGCUGCCUCAUCAUCUUCACUCUUCUCCCUCUCUCAAACAACAACAACACCCGCAGACGUUGCAGUGCACAAGUCAUGUCAUGUUUAAUACACACACUGUCACACAACACAACACAACACAACGUUGUAGGUGUGAUGAUAAGUUGUUCCUUAAAGGGGAACUGCACUGUUGCCUGUCACUCACAAUCAUUAUGGGACUUUUUUGCUUUCAACAUUCUAACAUGUAAACGUUGGCUCCUUCUAAGUGGCUAGCAAUGCAGCUAAUGUUAGCAAUCAAUUCUACCUCUAAAUCACUUUAAAAAUGCAUCCAAAAACAGUAAACAAUACUUCAUUUACGUUGUGUUUAUUUGCCUAAGCACUCCAUUUACGUCGGAAUAGCUUGGCUUCAAAUUCCACUUUCACUUCACUCUUUCGGUUUCCGUCCGCUUCAACGUCUCACUCUUCUUUCGUGCUCGCUUCGAGAAGCAAUAGUUCAUCCUCCGUAUCUUCAGCUUCAAAAAUAUAUACGGUUGUCAAUUUUCAUUUGUCUGUUGCCAAGUCUGCCAUGAUUAGAUCACACUCGUGUUUGUUUCCGAAAGUAGGAACACACAUUUGUUGUUGCCAGAAGUCGGAAACAGAGAUGAAUGCGCCAAGGAAUGAUUCAAAUGACCAAAAUACGGUAAAUAUACAUAUUGUUAUGAAGGUGUCUGUUAGUACAUUAUAUAUAUACUUGCAGUGUGUAUAUUGUACAUAUUACAUAUUGUUAUG